AUGAAACUCCUGGUCGUCUUCGCACUCUUGGCAGCGGCAUCCGCCGAGGUGGUGGAUCCUCCAAUCUUCAAGGACUACCAUGCGGAGAUCGGUAUUCCCUCCGCUGCGCGCAUCAAGCUGAUUGAAGAGUCAGUAGACUUCGACGGCUCCAGGAUUACUGGUGGAAGCCCAUCGCAAGUGGGAUCUCACCCUCAUUUGGGAGGUCUGGUAAUCACCCUGACAAACGGCAGGACAUCAGUAUGCGGCUCCUCCCUUCUGUCCAACAACAGAGCAGUGACCGCCGCUCAUUGCUGGCGCCACGGCCUCAACCAGGCGCGCACGUUCACCGUGGUCCUCGGCUCCAACAGGCUGUUCACAGGCGGCAACCGUGUCGACACUAGCAACGUCGUCACCCACGCCAACUACAACAUGGCCAACCUGAACAACGACAUUGCCGUGAUAACCUUGCCCCACGUUGGUUUCACCGCUCACAUCGGUCCCAUCAGCAUCGCCUCCGGAACCAACCAGUUCGUCGGCGUCUGGGCGAAUGCUGCAGGGUUCGGCGCUAACGGAGACAACAUGCCCAUCACCACCAACCAAGCCAAGCACGAGGUGAGCCUGCAAGUCAUCACCAACGCUAUCUGCGCCCGCACCUACGGCAACGCUGUGGUGGUAUCGAGUGUCAUCUGUACCGACACUAGUAACGGCAGGAGCACCUGCGGCGGAGACUCCGGCGGUCCUCUCGCCACCGGCACUAGAAACACUGGCGAUCUGAUCGGUGUCACCUCGUUCGGUCACCGCGACGGUUGCCAGAGAGGCCACCCCGCAGGAUUCGUCCGAGUCACCUCCUUCACCGCCUGGAUCAGAAAUCUAAUGUAA